AUUAACGGUCAACGACGACGACGAAGAGCGAACGAAGAGCGAACGGCUCCUCACUUCCGAGCUUCGCUCUUCGUCGUCGUCGUCGUCCCUUUCAAAACCCUAGCUAGGGUUUCGGAUCGAAGCAUAGUACGAUAGUAGAGAGAGAGAGAGAGAGAGAGAUAGAGGUUGGGAUCGAUGGGCUCCCUAUUGGAGGCGGAGGAGAGGCUUCUGGUGGAAGAAGAACCCCUUCUCGAGGUGCAGGAUGUGAGCCCAUACACAGGUGAUGGAUCCAUCGAUAUCAAAGGGCAUCCUAUAUUGAAGCACCGCACGGGCAAUUGGAGAGCAUGCUUUUUUAUCUUAGGGACUGAAUGCUGUGAGCGGUUAGCUUACUAUGGAAUCGCUAAAAAUCUGGUCACUUAUCUUACAAGAAGGCUCCACGAAGGAAAUGUGUUUGCAGCAAGAAAUGUUACAACUUGGCAAGGUACUUGCUAUCUCACGCCCCUCAUUGGAGCUAUCUUGGCUGAUUCCUACUGGGGAAAAUACUGGACAAUUGCGGCUUUCUCAACAAUUUACUUUGUUGGAAUGACAAUAUUGACUCUUUCGGCGUCACUCCCAGCUCUCAAGCCUCCCAUCUGUGCAGGGUCAGUUUGCCCUGAAGCAAGUUUAGCUCAACAAAUCAUCUUCUUUCUUGGUCUCUACAUGAUCGCUUUAGCCGCUGGUGGCAUCAAACCUUGUGUCUCAUCCUUUGGAGCCGAUCAAUUCGACGACACCGAUCCACUGGAGAGAACGAGAAAGGGUUCCUUCUUCAACUGGUUCUAUCUCGCCAUUAAUAUCGGUGCUUUCAUCUCAGGGACUAUUCUUGUUUAUGUACAAGAUAACUAUGGAUGGGGAAUAGGUUUUGGAAUUCCCACUGUAUUCAUGGCCAUGGCUAUUGGAAGUUUCUUCAUAGGUUCGAAAAUUUAUAGAUUUCAAAAACCAGGAGGUAGCCCUAUUAUAAGAGUGUGCCAAGUAGUUGUUGCAGCGGUUCGAAAGUGGAGCUUAGAUUUGCCACAUGAUAGCUCUCUUCUCUAUGAAUUACCAGGUAAGACCUCGGCUAUUGAAGGAAGUCGGAAGCUGGAGCAUACUAGCGAACUCGAGUUUCUUGAUAAGGCUGCAAUAGUCUGCACCGAUGAUGCUAAAUAUGGUAAUUUUUCUCAUCCUUGGAGGCUUUGCACCGUCACGCAAGUGGAGGAACUCAAGAUACUUGUUAGGAUGUUCCCAAUCUGGGCCACCAGUAUACUAUUCUCCGCUGUCUAUGCACAGAACUCUUCAAUGUUUAUUGAGCAAGGGAUGGUCCUAAACAAACGGGUCGGAUCUUUCGACAUCCCUCCCGCCUCUCUCUCGACCUUUGACGUGAUUAGUGUCAUCAUAUGGGUUCCGAUAUAUGACAGAGUCCUUGUACCAAUAGCAAGAAAAUUCACUGGCAGAGAGAGAGGCUUUUCAGAGUUGCAGAGGAUCGGAAUCGGUCUUUUCUUGUCUAUUCUCGCAAUGAUAGCUGCGGCUUUGGUCGAGAUAAAGCGAUUGGAGAUAGCAGAAGCCGAGGGUUUGAUCCACGAGAAGGUCGUGGUCCCAAUGAGCAUUUUGUGGCAGAUACCUCAGUAUGCCUUUGUGGGUGCAGGCGAGGUUUUCACUUGUAUUGGUCAAGUCGAAUUCUUCUACGAUGAGUCUCCUGACGCCAUGAGGAGUUUAUGCUCGGCUUUCGCUCUUCUCACGGUGUCACUCGGGAGUUAUUUAAGCUCGUUUAUAUUGACGAUGGUCUCUGCUUUUACAACUCGAGGAGGGGAGCCGGGAUGGAUCCCCGAUAACUUAAACGAGGGCCAUCUCGAUCGCUUCUUCUGGCUAAUAGCUGGGCUCAGCUUGUUGAAUCUAUUGGUUUUCAUUUAUUGCGCCAUGAGAUAUAAAUGCAAGAGAGCUUCUUGAGUUUUAUGGGUUCGCGAUGUUGAAAAUUUAGCAGAAUACAUGCACCUGUAAGUUACGGAUGACGAAAGUUGGGCUUUUGGUUAAUCAAUUGUUGUGAUGCAUAUAUUUCAGUUGUGAUUUCUGUCACAAGUUUCUUUAUCUUUUUCAGCUGACUGUUUUUUGCUGAGCUUCUGCAAAAAGUGCUGCUCGAGGCGAGUUUGAAGCACUGAAAACUUCUUGAUUAAAGACAUUCAAGUACCUUCCUGCUAUAGCAAAAGAGUUGGUGCCAGAUUUAUUUCA